AUGGCGACAACCCUUCCUGCCGCGACCGAAAUGCCCAUGCGGUCGCAGUCCGUCCGCACGCGCCGACCACCGACAUCAUCCCGGCCUGAACCGCUCCCCCGGUCCGAGUCAUCCACGCGAGCCGAAGCUUCGCGCCCCCACCGCCGCAGUAGCCAACGAUCGACCACUGCGCCGUCACCCCGGCCACAGCAACACUCCGACAUGCCUGCGCCUGCCGCGCCCGCCCCCGGCACUGCCGACGACGCUCGCGACAGGGCCGCUGAUUCCCAGGCGCAGCGCACCUCCAAGCACAGAUACCGCACCGUCAUCCCCGCGCCCUCGGGCAACUAUGCCUUCAUCAAGACCAUCGGCCAGGGGAGCAUGGGUAAGGUCAAGCUGGCCAGGAAGGAGGGCACGAACGAACUGGUAAGCCUACUGCACCUUCGUUUCCCGGUCCGGCUGCAUAUCUGGGUUGCUUGCAAGAUCAUCGAGAGGGUAUCUGCCGACGAUGGACGCCAGAGUAAAGAGGAACGAGAGAAGGCCGACGCCGCCAGAGAGGAUCGCAAUGCGCGCGAGGCUGCCAUUGUCAGUCUGCUGAACCACCAAUACAUAUGCGGGCUGCGGGACAAUUUGCGGACGAGAUGGCACUGGUACAUGCUCUUCGAAUACGUCAACGGCGGCCAGAUGCUCGACUACAUCAUCUCCCACGGCAAGCUCAAGGAGAAGCAGGCCAGAAAGUUUGCGCGCCAGAUCGCGAGCGCCGUCGACUACUGCCACCGGAACAGCAUCGUCCACCGGGACCUCAAGAUCGAGAAUAUCCUGAUUAGUAAGACAGGCGAUAUCAAGAUCAUCGACUUCGGCCUCAGCAAUCUCUUCUCGCCAGACGAGGAUAGGAAACUUAAGACGUACUGCGGCAGUCUGUAUUUUGCCGCUCCGGAGCUGCUGCAGGCCCGACCCUACACAGGGCCCGAGGUCGACGUCUGGAGCUUCGGCGUGGUUCUCUUCGUGCUCGUGUGUGGCAAGGUGCCGUUUGACGACCAGUACAUGCCCGCUCUCCAUCAGAAGAUCAAGAAGGGCGUGGUCGACUAUCCGAACUGGCUGUCCAGUGAGUGCAAGCAUUUGAUCUCGCGUAUGCUGGUCACAGACCCGCGACAGCGCGCAACGAUGCACGAGAACUUCCUCCCCCACCGCGAGCCUCUGAAACUACCGCUAGACGAGGAGGUCAUCUCACACAUGACGGGCUUCAAGUUUGGGCCCCCCGAACACAUCCGGGAGGAGCUGACCAAGAAGAUCACGUCACCAAAAUAUCAAGCAGCCGCCCGGCGCUUCGAGAAGGACAAGGAGCAGCCUCAGCCGACCCCGAAAGACGCUGAGAGACGGCGGGGUUUUGGUUUCGAUUUCUAUAAGAGGAGAAACUCGAUAACCAGCAAGGACACGCUCACCAACAGCAGCACCGACGGCUUGCCCGUCGGCGACGACCCGCUCAACGCCUUUGACCCCAUGAUUUCCAUUUACUACCUAGUCAAGGAGAAGCUCGAGCGGGAGAAGCAAGCCGCGCAAGCCGCGCAGCCAUCUGUGCCGCAGAAGGUGCAGGUGCCGCAGUCCCCGCAACAAGCCCAACCACCUCCCGCCCCGCUUUCACCUAUCGCGCGGCCCAAGGAGAAGCACUCCCUCGCCGAGAUUGUCCCGCCGCAGCCGGCACACACGGAGGGUGGCCUGCGGACGCGGCCACGAGCAAGAUCCCACAGCGAAGACCAAGUUCGGGAGCCGGUCAAGAACGGGCUGCUUUCGCCGGACAUAAUCCCGCCGAAGAAGAGCAGCAACGGGCCGGUGUCGCUCCUCCGCAGGCUCAGCACGCGCGACAGGAGGAAGGAGCCGUCCGAAGGGAAACCGAGCACGCUCGUGCAGAAAUCCGUUUCGAUGCGCGCCAAAUCGCUCGGCCACGCACGCAGGGAGAGCAUCCAGGCGCGGCGCGCCAAGCGCGAGGCCGAGGCACGCGAGCAGCCGCCACAAACCGCGCAGCAGCCACAAACGCCCCACCACCAGGAGCCGCUCAGGGAGGAGACCGAUGCCGAACUCGGCCUCGAAGCCGAGGCCGAGGCCGAGGCCGGCGAGACCAGCGGUGGCUCGCACGAGCGCCUCGAGCCCGAGGAUCCGGACCUCGCCAAGCCGGUCUACCUCAAGGGCAUCUUCAGCGUCUCGACCACCUCGACCAAGCCGCUGCCCGAGAUCCGCGCCGACAUCAAGCGCGUGCUCAAGCGCCUCGGCGUCGACUACACCGAGAUCAAGGGCGGCUUCAGCUGCCUGCACGCGCCGAGCCUCGCCGCGGCCGCGGACGACGACAGCGGCCACGGCAGCGGCCACGGCAGGCACCUGUUCGAGAUUGUCAUUGUCAAGGUCCCCAUCGUGAGCCUGCACGGCGUGCAGUUCAAGCGGGUCGGCGGGAAUACCUGGCAGUACAAGGCCAUGGCGGAGCAGAUCGUGAGGGAGCUGAGGUUGUAG